UGCUAUCGUUUUAAUAUUGUUGGUAUAAUGUACUUGUAUUUUAGAUUCGUUAGAAGACACAGUCGACUUGAGGAUGCUACUACACACACCCGAACAAUUGACGUCUCAAACAAAGUAAUUCAUUUGCAUUUUUAGGUAAGAGCAGGACUUUUCCCUGACAAGAUCGACCAUGGCAAUUCAUUUAUUAUUAUUAUUAUUAUUAUGAGUAUGGUCUAAAAGCUAAAUGGUUACAUUACAACAAAAUAAUUCAUGUGUAUUCAAAUUAUUUAUUUUAUUUUAAAGUUAAAUUUGUAAUUAUGUUUUCCGAAUUAAAUGUAUUUAUUAGUUAUUAAUACCAACUAACUUAAGUUUUUAUUAUUUAAAUAUUAAUAUUAAUUGGCAAUAACAAUCGUUAAGUUAAAGUAUAAAUAGAUAAUUACAAAGAUCACACAUAGUUGUUUGAUUGUGAAAAAAAGUUUGAUAACUCAUAUUAUUAUUAUUUUUCAUAUUUGAUUUACAUCCAAAGGCUAUACAUGGCCAAAACGAUUGCAGAUCCAACAGCGUUUAUUCGUAUAAUCUUUUUUAUUAACAUUACUGCCAUUGAGAGUUCCGUUUAGUUUCCCUCGAACUAGAAUUAGACCUGUAAUUAUAUUUAACGAUACAAUUUUUAGGACUGUUAACAUUAUGUUGUGAGAUAUGACUUUUACUGUGCUGUAUACUCUGUAUAAUCAUUUAUCUUUAUUUAAAAGGAACAAUUUAAAAUGUAUAAUCAUAAAAGGCAGGCUGACGCCGAGUUUAAACCACAAUACUAAAAGCGCCACCCUGACACAAUAACUUAAUUAGAGUUAAGUCCCAGUACAUUGGAAAACAUAUAUUAUUAACGUACAUAUAUGUUUUCACAAUAACACAGUAACCAUUAUCAAACAGUAAAUUGUAAAUAGGGCUUAAUUAAUAAAAUUUGAUUACAACGACAUACGCCUACCGAAUGAUGCACGAAGUCGGCGUAUCCCGGGAAACUCCCCCUAGCAGCAUAUAAGCAUUCCCGAUAGCAGCUCUUAGCGGAGUUGGAUUUAGUCAGUCAUAGUAUCAUCACCGAAGUUAACUUUUCAACUUUCAUUAUCGUCGUGGGAGGUAACCCGUAGCGGCACAUUUUCGAAGUCAAAGGAAGUGCACACCUUUGGGUUCGAUAACUCCUAUUGAAAACGUUCCUGUUUCUUUGUGUGGCUGACGUCCUGUAAGCAGUAAGCGGUCCAAUUAUAAAUUGUCAGUAGCGGUUCAAUUUGGUGGUGCAAUUAUUCAGUCCAGUACCGGUCCAAUUGUCCAGUUUGUAGUCACCAUCGAAAACAUUUUUUGCUGCUGUCGCCGAAGUCGCCAAUCGUAUACCUAAUUCUAUUGUUGGAUUGUUAUUGCUUGAAGGACUAAGACCCGAGCAUCAAGCAAACAAGAUCAAAGCAGUCCUAAACAACUUGCACUAACUCGGCUACGACUUAACGCUGUUCGGCAGUUUUUCACUGUUCAGUUCUUUCAAGCAGUAAAGAUUUAUAAUUUUCCAUCGACAACAACAGCUGUGAGUACAUUCAAUUUACGUUGGCUGUGAACCGAAAUCGGCGAUGGACAGCCGUGUGUUGAGCGUGCGCGUUAUUCCGGUGGAGGACUGUUUUGUACACUUAGCGUCUAGUCUGAUACGUGACAUCAACGCUUGUACCAACAACAGAAAAUCGGUGUGUCUGAAAGUGACGACGACUGACAGCGGACAAGAUGAAGAACGGCAUUUCUACAUGUCCUGCUGCCAGACACCGAGCAACGCCAACGGAGAUGACGCAUUCAACAUGAGCUUCGAAAUGCUUACCGCGUUACAGCUGCGCAGAUCACAGCUCGUUACCAUUGCGGUAUUCGAUGAGGCCCCGUACUUGCAACGGAUCUGGGUCUCGCCAGUCACGGAAGAAGAUUUCGACUUGUUGCUGCUGAACAAUAGUCCACUUCAAGACGCCAUUUUGCAACAGUUACAAAUCGUCUUCAAAGAUCAAAUAAUUCCAAUUUGGGUUUCAAAAUUUGUACAUUUGAACAUAUUUGUUGAUGCCGUUUCAAGUCAUAUGAAAGUCGGACUGUUGAUGGACUCGACUGAAAUAGUGAUAACGCCCAGAUACUUGUACGACUCUGUGGACUAUAAAGAACAUAUUGCGAGACAACUGAAAUAUGAAAAUCAUCAUUUUUCACUACCUCCGACUCCAACUCUGACUCGAAAUCCAACUCCAACUCAUACCGCUAAACCGAUUGAGGAUCGUCGAAGGUGUAUUUUUCGAACAAUACCCAUAGAAAACACUCUGUUGGAAUCUGAUCAUAUUUACGAUUAUACCGUGUUGAUCGCUGAUUUGCAUGUGGAAAAACUGUUUAACAGUGACGCCAACGAUUGUUUUUCGUUUGGCAAUCAUUUUGUUAAAAUGUCAGUAUUAGAAAAAUUAAACGAAAAGCAAGAGAAAGAUUCUAAGAACAAACGGACGACAAGCACAAAAAGCGUAGUGGUAGGCUUGUGUCCUCUGGAUAGAGCUAUGAACAACUAUGAAAAAAUGAAUCUUAUCACUUGGCCCACUGCUUACGUUACCAAAACGCUAAGUAAACUGCUGAGGUUGAACAUGAACUCUAAAGUUAUUUUGGAACCGGUUGACUUGGAAAACGACGUUUGCAGCGUUCAAAAUUUUACCAUUGUUCCGUUGAAACAACAGAAAAAUUUCAAUAAAGAUGAUGUGUUGAAAAACGUUUUGAAACGAUUAAACGACGAAAUAAAACGGCAAAAAUGUUUGGUUUUAAACAAUUCUUCGUUAUUGAGGAUCGUCGGUAAUAAAAUUCAUUACUUGGACUUAAUCGUGUCGUUCAGUCCGUCGAGUUUACCGUACGUAUUUGUAAACGAAUACAAUUUCAAGCUGUUGAAAUUCAGUUGUACGAACAAUUGUGUUGAGGACAAUCCAACUGACGAACAAGUGAUCCAAGGUCCAAACACUGAAAGCGACAUCAUCACAUUUUCUCCGUCUCAGGAAUUUUACAAUUCAAAGUGUUUCGAUGAAAUGACAACGACCGGAUCUUUAUGUUUAGAACUCGGACUAAAGUGCCAUGUCAACUUGCGGCAAAGUUUUUUUUUUGCCGACAAUCUAUUGAUAACUGGUGCCGUUGCAACAGGAAAAACGACAGCUGCUAAAUACUUUUGCCGUAAACUUUCCAAGUGUCCGUAUUUCAUUAAGAUUAUUUGGGUGAAUGGACGUUUUUUGGCCGGAAAACUUAUGGAUACGGUUUACAAACAGUUGGCCGUUUAUUUUGAAGACGGUUUGUAUUAUCAACCAGCUGUAAUCGUUAUCGACGAUUUCGAUGAUUUGUGUCAUUUGAACUCUGAACCGAACGAACACGCUGACAUGUCGAAAAUAAUCUUAAGGCCACUUCAUUUAAUAAUGAAAAUGAUUGAAACCUACACGGGCGGUCAACAAUGCAUACGAGUGAUUUGCACAUCAAAGCCGAUGAGCGAAGAAAAGGAAAAAUUAUUUUCUAAAGAGUUCAAAAACGUUUUUAAAACCGUCAUAAAUAUCCCAAUGAUCGACAAGCAAAGUCGUAAAACUAUUAUUUCGAAACGCUUAAACAAAAUACUACUAGACAGCGACGUCGAUGAAGAUUUUAUGUUGCGACUUUGCGAAAAAAUGGAUUCUUACGUCAUUCAGGAUCUUUUAGAUUAUUCCGACAGAGUAAUGUUUGAAAUGCUAAAAGGCAACAAGAAGACGUUAAAUCGAACCGUUUUAACUAAUGUUUUCGAAGAAAUUGUUCCGCUUUCAUUACACAAUAUAAAGUUACUCAAAGAGAACACGCUGAAUUUUUCAACGGUGGGCGGACUAAAAGAAGCCAAGCAGAAAAUUACCGAAACAAUAAUUUGGCCUUCUUUACACUCUGAUGUCUUUAGUCAGUGUCCGCUGAAGCUGCAAUCCGGUAUUUUACUAUAUGGCGCUCCUGGAACGGGCAAAACUUUAUUGGCCAAAGCCGUGGCCGGAGAGAGUCGUCUUAAUUUCAUUUCGGUUAACGGACCGGAAAUAUUAUCGAAAUAUGUUGGGGAAAGCGAAGAGAACGUUAGAAAAGUGUUUCAAAGGGCUCAAAACGCCAAACCGUGCGUAUUGUUCUUUGAUGAGUUCGAAAGCGUAGCGCCUAGACGAGGCUCUGACCAGACUGGCGUUACUGAUCGAGUCGUAAACCAGUUUCUGACCCAGUUGGACGGUAUCGAUACGUUCGAAGGCGUAUGGGUCGUGGUCGCCACUUCUCGUCCGGACCUCAUCGACUCUGCUCUGUUAAGGCCGGGUCGAAUUGGAGUGAAAUUAAAUUGUGCCGUUCCCGACAUUGACGAACGAGAAGAUAUUCUUAAGGUGUUUUGCAAACAACUGGUUUUGUCUGACGAUGUCGAAUUGAACGCUGUAGCAGCGGAAGCUGUCGAUUAUACGGGGGCUGACCUGAACGGCUUAUUGUACACUGCACUGUCGAUAGCGGAAAAAGAAUUUCAUAGCUCAACAGGUUCAGAAUUUCAUGAUUCACUACCCGUAAACAAUGUUAAAAUUACUGCUGAACAUUUUCGUUGUGCAUUGGCGCAGACCAAACCGUCUUUGAACAAAAAGGAAUUGGCUAAAUAUCAGCAAAUACACGAGGUGUUCACCGGCAAGCGUAAACAACAGGACUUCAUCAUAAGCACUCAAAAGGCAACACUGGCUUGAUCGAGUCAGAAAAUUGAGAAAACGAAAAUCGCGAAUGGGCUUACAAUCGGUUUUGGAUUUUUGGCGAAGAUACUUAUGUUUUACAAAGUGUGUAAUUUUUUUUUUUUUUAAUAUUUUACAACCAAUAAACUUACACGCAAGGUGAGGCGGUGCACCUGUUUGUGUGUCUUUAGUUUGCAA